AUGGUUGAGAACCGAGUGUCUUCCGAAAGUCCCAAGCCAUCUGCUUGCUUUUCUUGUCAUGCUCUCGGCAUAUCAUCGUCAGCAGCACUCGGUGCUUACAUGUUCUAUCGCGCUAAGAAAGCCGACUCAUCUUCACAUCGUUUCACAUGUGCGCUGUUUGGACUAGGAUUUAUAAUAUUUGCAUCGCAUCGUGUUUCGUCAUUGUUUAGAGAUAUAUCUCAGCAAAGAAUAGCAUCAAAUGGACGAAUGAAACGCACUUUCGAAGAGCGAAGAUGA